UUCCCCACCUUCAUCGAGAGGUAAACAUGUCUGCCAAUUCUUGUGAGGUCGAUUUCAGCAGGCUAAAAUUGUUGAUCAUGCCACAACGAAUUCAAAAACGUCGCCUGGAAACAAUAAAAAUAGCAGCAAAGAAGAGAGGCGUGCAAACUGUGAGCGAAUUAAGCACUGAGGUGACCCAUAUCGUGACUGAGUUUGAGACAGUGGAGCAAGUUGUCAGAGCACUGAAGAAGGACAACGUUGCGACACUUGGUGAUGUGGAAAUUGUUUCCCUAACAUGGCUCACGGAGUGCUUCAAGGCAGGGAAAGUCAACGUAGCCACAGAAGCCUACAGGCUCAAGCAUGAGACAUUGGAAUCCGCCGAUAAUGGUAAUGAGCCUGAAGGGAACACCAGUUUACUUCCAGAGUGGGCGUGUCAGAGGGACACACCUCUAGAACACCACAACCAUCAUUUAACUGCUGGUAUCGAGACACUACAGCUUUACUCUGAGUUACGAGAUCUGGACCAGGACUACAGUCGGGCAUUGGCAUUCCGCAGGGCAUCGUGUGUGCUCAAGUGUCUGCCCUUCAAAGUGACAGACGUCUCCCAGAUAAGCAACAUCAAGGAUGUCGGGGAUCAUGUCAAGAGAGUUGUAAAGGACAUCCUAGAAGAUGGAUCUUCUGCAGAGGUUGAUCAAAUUAAUAAUGGUGAAUGGUUUAACAAGAUGAAGCUGUUUACUGCUGUGUUUGGUGUGGGCCCUUCCACCGCCAAGAAGUGGAUUGAGAGAGGAUGGACAUCCAUUCAGGAUGCUGCUUGGGUGGAGGCUUUGUCCAAAGACUGGAGAGUCAGAUGGGGGCUGGCGUUCCAUGAAGAACUGCAGUCAAGGGUGGAGAGACCAGAGGCUGACAACUUCACGGCCAUGGUGAGAGCUGAAGCUCAGAGCAUCCUUCCCGGCACAACAGUCGAACUCACUGGUGGCUUUAGAAGGGGCAAGAAGACGGGUCACGAUGUGGAUCUGCUCAUCUCCCACCCACGGGAAGGAGCGGAGGUGGGGCUCCUGCCCCGACUACUGAAACAGCUGGAGAAGCGAGGAUUUAUUCUGUGUGGUAGUCAUGAAAGGAACUCUUUCACCGAAGAUGUUCUCAAACAGGAUUUCAAACUCAGUCUGCGUGGACAGCUAGACCAUUUUGAGAAGUGGCUUGGGAUUUGUAAAUUUCCCAAACAAUUCGCGACCACCCAAAAAGGACAUGAUGAUGUACAGGAAGUAGCAGGUAAGACUGACGUUUGUAGCAAACUGUCUGGAAGUGUGGAAGAGGAUUAUGAGCCUAAAGUCAAGCUACGGAAACUUGGUUGUGUGGGCGAGUGCCCCCGGAGUGUUGCGAGUGAGGAAAGAGACUGGCUUGCCAGGAGGGUAGACCUGAUUGUGGCACCCCAUAGUCAGUAUUACUACGCUCUGGUGGGGUGGACAGGCAGCAAGCACUUCAACAGAGACCUGAGGCUGUACGCGACACGGGUGCUGGAGAUGAAACUCACGUCUCAUGGACUGUACAACAUCAGCCAGGGUAGUAUGGUACCGGCCAGCAGUGAGAAGGAAGUGUUUGACAACAUGAAGAUACCUUACAGGGAGCCGGCACAGAGAAACUGCUGAGUCAGCAUCAACAAUGCUGAAAGUCCCUUGCAGGGAUGUACUGCCUUGGCCUCUCAGGGGAGGGGCAUCUCAGGGAGAAGGAAAUUUCCCAGAUCAGUUCCAGGCAUGGAAAAUGGAGGUCUGAGCUGGACCACUGUGACUGAUUUGGCAUCUACUUGUGCAUCCUUUCUCAUAUCGUAUUUGCAUUGGACACGCUAGUUUGAGAAUGGUGAAAAACCAGACUGUUCCUGCAUCCUGACAUCAUAAACCAGAUUUUUGUUGUCAGAACAUUUUGAAUGAAAUAGGGAUUUUUUCAAUUCUUAUAAUUGGUAUGUCUGAGUGCAUAAGAAGACUGUUCACUACUAUUAAUUUAUUAUAUGUUUGUUGGUUGUUUUUGUCAUUGUCAAAUACUGUCAGAUGUUUGAUAUAUUUUGUCAUAAUAACACAAGGUCUAAUACAGUAUAGCCAGUAA